UGUCCGGCAAGGUGUGCCGGGGUGGAGCUUGUGUUUUAAGCAACUCUCGGUCGGAUAUUUUUCACUCACUCCACAGUUUUGUAAACCAUUCAAAGGCUUAAAAACAGGCGAAUUUUGUUUUAUAUACGUUACAGUAUUUUGUCAAGACCGUAUCACCGACACAGCAGCAUGGGUGCACAAGAAGAGAAGAAGAAAACAUGCGGAACAAUUUGCCUGAAAUACCUACUGAUUACAUUCAACUUCCUCUUUUGGCUCGCAGGGGGCGUUGUAAUGGCUGUGGGUGUUUGGACUCUGUUCGAAAAGAGCGACUACAUCAGCCUUCUCCCCUCCGUAACAUAUGCUGCCUCUGCCUACAUACUGGUCUUCGCUGGAGCCAUCGUCAUGGUAACAGGCAUUCUGGGAUGCUGUGCCACCUUCAAGGAGCAGAGGAGGCUACUGCGAGUGUAUUUUGUCCUGCUCCUGUGUAUUUUCCUGUUGGAGAUCCUUGCUGGUGUCUUGGCUUAUAUCUACUAUCGACAGUUAAAUGAGGAGCUGAAGCAGAACCUGAGGGAAACUAUGGUCCAGAAGUACCAACAGAGUAGUCAUGAACAUGUCACCACGGCUGUGGAUAAGCUGCAACAGGAGUUCAAGUGUUGUGGGAGCAACAAUUCAUCCGACUGGGAGCAGAGUGUCUGGAUCCGGUCCAGCAAUGGAGACGGUCGGGUGGUGCCUGACAGCUGCUGCAAGACUCCCUCCGAGCUUUGUGGACGCGGGGGGCACCCAUCCAACAUCUACAAGGUUGAGGGUGGCUGUAUCUCUAAACUGGAGGAAUUCAUCCAGGACCACCUGAAGAUCAUUGGGGCGGUGGGUGUUGGGCUCGCCAGUGUACAGAUAAUAGGUAUGGUGUUCACAUGCUGCCUAUAUCGAAGUCUCAAGACGGAGCCGUACUAGCGAAGGAGAGAACGAGACAGGGGAAGUCGCCUCGUUGACAUACUCAAACAUCCCAUUGCUUCUUUUCUCUGCUUGUUUGUGAGAGGAGGUGAGGCAUCAAAUUACACAUUUAAGUUUCUUAUAGUAGUACAGCGGUAAAAACAAUUCAUUUUCAAUAAGUAAUUAGAGUCUCAAGAUUACAGCACUGUGGAAAAAAGCCUCCGAGAAAAACUGUUGGGAAUAUUGCCUCUGAAUAUUUAAUUUUGCAAGGGAUACCCUCUGUGGGAAUUUUUCUUCAGUCCUCCAUUUUAUUCCCUCUGCGUGCAAUACAGGUAUGUUAAUGUAUUGUAAUUUUUAUGGACUAAGACCAGGUGACAGCACCAGCUGCAAGCCCGCUCCACCUGCUGUGGCAUCACGUUUCCAUAUUAACUAACCAGCCAUGUAUAAAUGAUGUAUCCCAUCAUGGCCUUUUCAACUCUCUACACUUGGUAGAACCACUGUUUUUUAUACUUUUAAACGCUUGUUGUCUGUAAUGUUUGAGGCACGAUCCUGUGAGCUAUUACUGUAUUUUAUCCUUUAUUGCCCAAUGUGUCUUCGCAUAGUGACGUGCCACCGUUAGAUCAGGCUCUUAUCCCCAGCGUGUUGGCAAGGGCACUUUAUCUGACAGACUGACGGUACAAUGACUGCACCUUCCUCACCAGCAUAACUGCACUAUCACUUUAAUAACACAAUAGUGCCAGCGUUUGACGUUUAAGAAUAAUAUUUGUGACUGUAGUAAAGCCGAUCCACAUUGCUCAUGGAAAAGUGCCUCUUUUUUAUUUGACUGUAUUUCUUUUCUACCACUGAUGCCAUUGCGUGUGUCUACUGUAUCUUUUCCGAACUGGUCACAGAUUCUGUUUUUAAGUUAAGGUUUUGUUUACUUAUGUAAGUAAACAAGUGGUACCUCGGUUUUCGUUAAGGAAUCCGUUCCAAAAGGUUUGACAAAGACCAAAGUCAUACAAAAACUGAAUCAAUUUGAAAUAAUGCGAAUCCAAUUACAGUAAUCCCUCGUUUAUCGCUGAAAAAUGAAUUCAGACAAAGUAGCAAUUGUUCAUUAUAAAUUGAAUAUUUUCAUAGCUAGAGCAUCAAAAAGCUGUUUACUACCUUCUAAAUAUGUUUUUCCACAAUCCUCUGGACAUGAAAUAAGACCCAGAUAUUCAACUUUACACUCCUUUAUUCCAAAAUAGUAAUUUAGGGCAAAAAUGUUGUAGAAUGUGUUUAAAAAAAGUAAGGCGCUACUUUCCAAAAUGCUUGAUGCUAAUUUAUAUAUUUUUUCCAUAUACAAACUACUGAUUAGCAUUAGCUAUUUUACAUGGCGAUUUCAACACCUCCAAAUUUGGUAAUUAAAAACUACAACUAAGAUGCACGUUACAAUCAAACAGCAGGUGUGCGAGAAAUACUUAGAGUAUAAACACUUUGUAGAGCGCAACAUAAGACAAGACGGGCACAUUCAGCUUAAUAGCAAAGACUACUUCAUGGCGAGGCAACACACACACACGUCUAUACACUUCUGCCAUCUAACGUCUUGAAAUUGCAACUGCAUGCAAUGUCUACGACGUAAUACAGUGAACCCUCGUUUAUCACUGUUAAUUGGUUCCAGGCACGACCGCAGUAAUUUAAUUUCUGUAAAGUUGGAAUUCUUUAUAGAUCUAUUGUUUUUAUAGUUAGAGCUUAAAUAACUGUUAACUACCUUCUAAAUACAUUUUUCAACAUGAUGACACCACUGUAGACAUGAAAAUAACACCCAGAUAUUCACCUUUACACCCUUUAUUCCAAAAUAGUAAUGCUGUCUAAGCCUGAGCCAAUCAGUGGCCACAAUACUGAACAGCGUGGUCUGAUCUAGUGGCCAUUACAACUAUAGCGUUGAUAUGUUUCAUUACUUUAGCCAUUGUUACUCUUGAAAAUGCUUAAUGUAGGGCACACAUGUUGUAGAAUGUGCUUAAAAAAACAACAAAAAACAUUGAUUUGGUUAAGCUGCGAUAUUUGAAGCGUGAAAUAGCGAGGGACGUCUGUAGUCUGUUGCAGACACGCAAAAAUAUACUAUACACUCGCAACUUUCUUUGGCCCGGUGGUGGGUUAUUCUGUCGUCACGUUUAAUAAAAAGAGAUCAAUUGAUACUGAACCUUGGAGGCAUUGUGAAACACAAGAUUUUUUGGCGUGUUUGUCACUUUGCCAUAAUCAAUCUAAAGAUAACUAAGAACAAAUUUGAAAUGUCUAUCGCACUAAAUAAGUUAUUCUCCUGUUUACUGUUUGGCUCAGUGACUAGAGUUGCACGUUUCAUAUUCCUUUCUGCUCAGUUAUUCAUAAAAAUAAAAAAAACACAGAAACUAUCAAUUGUAUGUGCUGGUCAGUUGUAGUGACUUUUUUAAU